GAUGCGACAUAACAACGACCACCUCUGCAUCUUCCACACGAUACCGACAUUUUACCGCAGUCCUUGGCAAAACAAUACGCCAGCAACACGACAUAGCAACGACCACUUCUGCUGCCUCCACACGAUACCGUCAUUUUACAGCAGUCCUUGCUAGUGACAAUACGCCAGUAACACGACAUAGCAACGACCACCUCUUCAGCCUCCACACGAUACCGUCAUUUUACAGCAGUCCUUUCUAGAACAUUACGCCAGUGACACGACAUAGCAACGACCACCUUUGUCGUAAUUUUUUACAGCAAUCCCAUAUCACCGAGAAGCGAUGGCUCGAGCUCUUGUACUUCUUUUGAUUGUCGUCGCAACGGCAGCGUCGGCUCAGGCUGGCGCCGCUUGUUACGAUGCAAUUGCCUUGGCGUCCAAGUCCAUGAAUCGAUCUAACUGCUACACAACAAAUACUGCUGAUCUUCGCAAACAUGCUACAUAUCCACAGUGCAAGGGCAUUACUCUCUACGGCGGAAGCUACGAUGUUGCUUUCUGUGCACCAAUCAUGAAAAAUUAUUUCAAGUGUAUCAUGCAAGCAAGCGGACUCCUGAAGGCCGACGGAACGUUUGACGGGAAUGUGUACAAAGUAAAAUAUUUGAAGAACCAAUGUGAUGCGGAUACUCAAUUCCAAAAUGCCUAUGCGCAGUGCGAAGCAGCUACCAUGACGUAUCUAAAUUUCACUCAGCUCGAGUCCUGCCUCCUGAAAGCUACCAGACCUAAGUAAGGCUUGAGCUUCCACGACGGCUUUGGCUUGCGGUUCUACUGAUAACCGAUCAAUCAAUAGGAAAAUUCCACACUCCCAAUAGAAAGAUCAAUAGGUUUAAAAAAAAAUUUUCGGAGCCAUAUACGACGACACUUCAGUUGUCACCAGUUUAGUUGCCACCUUGUGUGUGUACGAGUUUAGUUUACAAAAACAGUGUUUUUAAAUGUCCAUUUAUGAGCUUCUCUCGCUUAAUAGCUGAAAGAUAGUAUUAACUUUCUCGACAAAUAAAAUUUUGGCAUU